CUCUCUCUCUCUCUCUCUCUCUCUCUCUCUCACACACACACACACACACACGCACACGUAGUCGCGCGCAGCAGUCGGUUCAGCAGCUCGGCUUUUCGCCACUUGUCCUCAUUUCAAGACUUUACGCGCCGAGUGUACGCAUUUAAAGUUGUAGCAUUUUUGGAGAAAUGUAAUCGGAGUGAAAGCACAUUGUCUUCCCUUUCUGCCUGAUUCCUUUCUGGGACGCCGCGCUAUAGAGCACGAUGGGAGUAUCUGUCCGAGGUUCAGUGUCGGUUUGGUGCACCGCCUGAGCGCGAUAUGAACGGGGUGCGGGGGGAAGACGCGGACAGCGGCGGCGCGCAGGAGCACUAUGGCAGCGUGGCGUACGACACGGCGCUCAGCACACUGCUGGCCGUGGCUGUGUACGUGGUAGUGAAGGGGAGCGUGGACGGGCUGCGGCAGUGGCGGGCGCGCAUCUCGCUGCUGGUGGUGGGCUCCGGACCGGUGGGUCUAACGGCGGCGCUGGUCGCUGUCCGCAGCGGAAAGGUCCUGAAGCUCACCGUGCUGGAUGAGCGCACACGCAGCGCGCUGCUCUGCCGGCCGCAGCAAAUUGCCCUGGACCCUCGCAGCGUGCGCUUUCUUCUUGGUCUCGGCGUGGACUUCGACAACAUGGAGGGCUGCUGGCACAAUGAUCACUUCUUUACGCGGAUCGGCGUGUUUCAGGAGUACCUGCUAAGCGUGCUGGAGCAAAAGAAGCAGAAAGUCGACGUGAGAGUUCACUUGGGCACUAAGUUCACAGAUGAAUAUCUGAGGAGGAUUCCCAGUGGUGAAUGGCCCCGAGUUAUUGUAGUAGCCGACGGCUCCUGUGGUGACUCCUGCUCUGUACUGGGAAUCAGUUCGGAGUAUAUUGUAGAGUCCUGUCAUGCGUUCGGAGCUAAUGCCAUGAUAGAGAGACUCGACCAAAGACAGGUCCCCACACCAGAGAUCAGGGCUCACAGCCUGUACUUUGACCUGUCAGCAUACGGCAUUGACUCGGUUAAAGAACCACGCAGUUCAUCUCAAACCUCAGCCAAGCCUGGUUUUCACCUGAAGAUCUAUGGAACAUUUCGCAACAGAUACAUGGCCCUCGCCUGCACAUCGACAGACUCAAAAAUGCUGCGAUUCUUGCGUCACACCGCCAACUCCUCAAUAAUGAAGAACAUCUUUCACCAAUCCUUCAAUGCUUAUAAGACAGAUAUUGAGCCCCGGGUGAGUGAGCUGACUUUGCACCGCAUGCAGUGCAGCCGCAGGCUUUUCGAGAUCAUGCUGUCUCACCGACGCAUCAGUGCGGCCUACAUCGAGGGCAAUAAUGUGGCCGUUACUGUGGAGGGAGAGGCAGCACGCAUGCUAAACUUUGAUACUGGUUGUGGUGUUAACCUUGGCAUGAGGGGCUUGGAGUCUUUGGGACUGUUUAUCUACAGAACUGCCACUGCUCAGGAUCAGAACGAUGUUUUCGAAGCCCUUUCGGCUAAAAUCCAGCACUCCAAACACGUGGCGGAGACCUUCAGACAAACUGGAUUGGCUGCAGCUAUGUUUGAAUGACCGGAUUUGUGAGAGUUAGAUGCAGGGGAAACAGUGUUGUCUCUAAAGGCUUAUAAAUGUCCCGAGUAAAGUAAAGCGUAGUGUUUUGCUUUUUUUUGUCAUAAGAAUGUUGCCGUUGUUGUAAAUGCACAAAGGAACCAACGUUUUUGUAGCUCUGUGAAAAGUGAAAUGAAUUUUUUUGUGGGCUAUAUGGAACAGCAUUGGACCUGUAUUAUCAAAGUGAGGGAUAAUGGAAUCUUAAACUCAAGUUUAAGUUUAUACACAGACUGUACUUACUAUUUUUUCCUUAAAUGGGCCUUACCAAACGUUUUUUUUGUUUUUAAUUACAAUGCUGUGACAUUUAUCAGCCAUGGCUAGCAAGAAGGGUUCAGAUCCACACCAUUUCAGCACCGAUCACAAAUCUUUACAAAAUCAUGGGAGGUUGUUUAUUAAUCAAGUUAGUUACUAAAAUUAUGGCUUGAUACUGUACAGAAGUGCCUGGAGGACAUUCAAGAUAUCACAAACAUACAUUUUCAUUCCUUUGGAUAUUUUUAUGCAUCACCUGAAUUGCCUGUAGAUUUGUAACGUUUGUUAAUAAAAAUAAAAACAUACAUGGAUGAAUGCCUUUGGAUGGAAUGAGAGGGAAUUUUAAUCUAAAAUAAUAUUAAAAUAUAAGCUAAGGUUUAAAACCAUUAGAGCAAAUACCUUUUCGUUAUACUGCCACCUAGUGCUUACUCCUAAAUAGUGCAUUGUUUGGAGUGGAUAUCCAAGAAAAACAGGUUCUUCAAACUUUCAUUUAGAUUUUUCCUGAUUGGCAAAAGCACCACGUUUACAGAACUUUGCAAAACUUCACAGUCGCAGGUUUCACAGCCACACAUUCUCCUGUGCACUUAUUUCAGUAGGAAUAAACUGUUUUCAUAAGUGAUAUUUUGCUUGUGGUAACAUUCAAUAAAAUGGAAGUUCUGUAUUGUA